GCUGUUUGCGUGGCUUCCAGAUCACCGCACGUUCUGUUAAUUGAAGCCUCCGCUCGGCUUUGGUUUCGCUACAGAGGAGCGCGGAGACCUCGGAAGGCAUCGGUCAUGCUCUCUGGAUUCGGUUUUAGACACCUGAACGGAGGUGCAGCGACCCCCCCGGCGGUCCCCUGUGUCGUCUGAUCCCGGACUCACCCAUGAGAAACUCCUGCUGACUCCCGAGAAAAGGCAACUCGAUGUUCACCUCAAGACAACACAUGGCUGCAAGGUGAGGUGGUGGGAGGGAGCGCGAGUCGUAAAGUCCCCGCAGUUACAGCACAUGGAGGUCAAAGGCCAUCUGAUCACAUCCAUGGGUCUGGGGGCUCCUGAUGUUCAAGGCUGCCAGGACAGCAAGCUGCAGGCGGAAAGGGUUGCAGCUCUGCAAGAGAGGAAGCAGGCCCUGGAGGCGCUCCUCAACGCCAGGGUGGGAGAGCUCAAACAAGUGUGUCUGCAGGAAGCGGAGCUGACGGGGAAGCUGCCACGUGCGUUCCCCCUGGAGACGGGAGAGAAACCCCCACCGGUGCAGCGCAGAGCUGGCCUGGCGCCCGGCACCAAGGCAGAGGAUGAGGCUGCCCAGAGAAAGCAGAUGAAAGCCAUCUUCACCGGUGCCCUGCACCGACACUCGGAGUCGGACCGGAAUGUUCCGAACAGCAAGAGGACGGUCCAUCGGGGCUGUCAUACAGAAGACACAGUCAUGUCGGAGAGCACCAGCUCAAUGUCAGAUUCUACGUCACAUGAUAAUGACUCGUCACCGAGUGUGGCUGCUGACCAGCGCUCUCUGUCUCAGCCCCGGCUCACCGUGGGCAGCCCGGACCACAGAAUCAGCAGGAAGCUGUCUCCUGUAGAGAUUUACUACGAGAUGAGGACACGCCGCAACUCCGUCACGAGCUCCGUUAGCCCGACUCAUUCAUUACCUCGAAGUGCUUCUAAUGUUGAAGGCCGAAGUGUUCCAGCGACUCCUCUUCUGGCUCGGACUGCUCCAAUAAGCGUACAUGUCAGGUCAGAUUCUUCAAAUGGAAACGGCUUGAAGCAGUGGUCCGGCAGCCUGGAUGUGCCGUACAUGAUUCCACUUGCUCCGGAGGGUUCCUCCUCGGACCGCCGAAGCUGCCCGUACAGCUCCCGGGCCAGACGCAGCAACAGCUCCGAGGCCCUGCUGGACAGAUCCAGCCUUCCGGACGAGCCCGCGCCCAGAAACGGGAUGCCCCAGAGAGGGGGGCCGUACAAGAGCUCGGAAACGCUGACUGACGGGAAGCUGAGGCACAUCCACCUGGGCAGCCCCGAGAGGCACGCGGACCCCUCUGUGGACCCGGUGAAAAUGCGCCUGUCGAUGGGCGGCAGGGCGGCCAGCGGGGGCUACAAUGAGCUCCUGAUGGAUUAUAUUUGGGGGAAGCAGCAGAGGAUGCAGGUGCAGCACCACUUGUACCAGUCCACAGGCAGGAUCUGGCAGGACAUGUCGUCUCCUCGCUCCUCCACGGCAGCCGUGCCUCCUCACUCCAACGGCUUCUCCCACUCCCAGGUGCACCUUCCCACUGCUGUACCUCCUUACAGCCCCAUGGUCCUCAGAGGGUCUCAGGCCGAGCUACGCAGGGUCAAAGUAACCAGAACCAAGUCUUGUGGACCAUUUAUUCCUUUGCAGCAACAUCCACAAGAUUCAAUUCUGCUGUCGGCGUACGAGUCUCCCCUUCCCGCUUCUGGCACCACCACAUCCUCCAUCCCCAACCUGCAUCCGUACCAAACCGAGUUGUCCGGUCCCUCCUUCAGCCGCAGGCCGCCGCAGUUCUCGCUCCCCACCCCGGAAGACUCGACUCGAAGCCUCCAUAAAGCCCUGGCACUGGAGGGGCUGAGGGACUGGUACUUGAGGAACGCUCUCGGCUAUCCUCCCGCUGCUGCAAAGGGUCACGAGGCGGGGGUCUCCCGCCUGUCACACCCUCAUCCCCUGGUGCACCAGGCUCAGUCGGUGCAAGGCGAACCGUCCAACCUCCAGCGGCCUCAGAUGCCCCAAUCAGCCAGCUUCCACGGUCACCCACUGCACGGAAGGUCGAUGGAGUUCUCCCUCUAUCAAGAGACUCCAGAUCCACAGACCCAGGAGGUGACCCCAAAGGAGCCCAGUGCAGACCCAGGAACCCUGGUCUGAGGCAGCAGAACACACACACACACACACACACACACACACACACACACACACACACACACACACACACACACACACACACAGCUGCUGCAUCAUAUGAGCAAAAAACACUGAAGCCUCACACAGACUCGCAGGAGGUACAGGCGAGCUCCCACACAAGCUGAUACAAUGUGACCUCAACAGCAACGCAAAACGUGGCAACCUCAGCAAAAAGAGACUGGAGUGAAAUGACAAACUGUGGCUGUACAGUUUGGGAAAAAAAAAAAAAAAAAAGCCUUGGCAAGUUCCCCUUGUUAUACUCGAUCGUACCAGUUAUGAACUUCACACCCAGUGCUUUCACGGUGACGUGCACUGGAGCCAACCUACAGAGGAUCUAAUACCAGUAUGUUCACGCUGUUCUUCAUUUAUCGAUACUUCCGGUCUAACACGAGCAGUACGAUUCUCCCUCCUAACUCCCAAAAUUUCCCCAGAUAUACUUUUUUACUGAAUAUAUACAACUCUAAAUUACUAUUUUGUAUCUUCUGAGAUAUAAAGAACAGUUAUAUUAAAGAGGUAAUUUAUCGUUCAUUAAUUGUGUGAUUAAACAGAGAUGUUAUAUGAGCUCACUUCAUUUUAAAAGUAUUAUUACAUGCCAGUGGAAGUGUUUGUAGACUAUAUGAAACUGAAAAAAAAAAAAAACAAAACAAAUGGAUUCAGCCCUCAUCUGCCAUUGAUUUCAUAGCCAUUUGUAUUUUUCAUGUUUGAUAAAAUGAAAUGGGCCAUGAACUGUAGCAUACCGGUGUAGCAGACGGGAGUGCCUAAAAUGAUGAAAUAUCAGCACUAAACCUUGGUUAGAGAACUUUAAAGUGCUAGCAUUAAACCUCUGUGAACUUAACUCGAAUCAAAAGCUGAAAAACGUUGAGGAUGUCACAAAUUUAGAGUGUUUGAAAUGAUGUCAGGUAUGUUUUAUUUUUUUUAAUUGAAAUUUGAUUUUUAGAUCGAGCUCGGUGCUGACUGGCAAAUGUAGCUUUCUCUGUUUUGACCUGGACAGAAUAAUAAGAUCCGUGGAGAGACCUGCUGUUUGACACUUGACUGUAUGACCGCGAGUUAUUGUACCAAUUCAGUUUUUUCCUGCUCGUCGCUGUGACAGAUUUGAGAGUCAUACAGAGCACUUUACGAACAUCUUAAGCCUUAAUUCCCUCUAAAGUUGUCACCGCUCAGUUGCAAGGUUCAGACAGGGUUCAUAAUGGGACAAAAUAAGAAAAAGUGACUUCUGUCAGCAUCGACGUGUGAAGGUCUACCUAGGAUGUAUAUAUAAGCGUAAAAUUGUACUGAUGAGUUUCAAGCUAAUGUUUUCUUCCCGUACUAACAAUGUAAUCUUUUGACUAACUACACGAGACGUAUGUAAUCAGAUUAACCCCGUCCCGCCCCCUAGUGAGCACUAUUCAAUUGGUUCAGAGCGUGCGGUGGAAGGUGUGGACAGAACAGGGCUGCUGCAGUGCUGAAUGACGGUGUGAGCAGGUCUCGCACCCGGGAAUCCGUUUAUGAUAUAAUUCAUGCUGGCUGGUAUAUCUGCAGUGAUUUCAUGUCAUUUCUUUGGAGUAUUUCUUUUCUACUUUUUUAAAGAUCUAGAUUUGUAUGUUUUGCUGGUCUUUUACAUUGUGUCAUCGUCAUCAGCAUUCUGCAAGGUAAACUUCAGAAAAUUAAAAAAGAAAUGAAACCUUUAAUGAAAGUGGAAAAUAUUUGUGUUGGUGUGACAGCGCAACACAUUCUCUCGUGUGUCAUUUUUAGAGAACUGUUUUGUCUUCUUAGAUACUUGAUUCUUGGCCAUCUCGGGACUCAUUUGAAUGUAAUCGCGUGCGUCAUAAGUGAUACUGUUCUGUUAUGCGGUUCCAAACUGUAGCACACUGUGCGAUGUUAUCUGGUUUCUUCUGCUGUCCGAUGUGUUCAUUGUCGUCAGUUUCCAGCUUCACCGAGCUCCUUUCAGCUCGUUGAAACCUGAAAUCAAAGACCAAACUGCUGUGCACUGGGGGUCACAAAGGUAUUUUUCAUAUGCUGUACUCUGUAAGUUCAAAGUAAAUGAUAUAAAUUUAGCUCUAAAGCAAAUGUAUUCAAACUAUAUUAUAUUUAUGAACCUAUAACAUUUUGUAGCUAUCUACUGUAGCUCUUUCUCAUCAGUGCGAGAACUGGUAAUGCGUGUUAAAACCAUUACAUCCAGCCAUGUGAUGUGUUGAUAUUUGAUUCCUCUUUUUUAAGAUAUUUAAGUACAGCUGUUUUCUCCUUUUAGGCAGGACUGUAAGACUGAAUAGACCUGCUCUCUGCUGUAUGUAUGAGAUUGUGCAUUCAUUCUACUAAAUAAAGUGUCAUGUUAAAAUCA